AAAAUCUUUCAGUUUAUAUUUAAUCGCUGUCGUGGCAAGAGUGAAUUUGGUCGCUCUCGGUGUGUUCGCUCGCUCACUUGCUGGUGUCUCAUCGCAGUUGGUUCUAGCGUUGGUGGAUUUAUUACUGCUUCAUGGGUUGGUGGUGAAAAAGGGAAGGAAGAGUAAACCCAGUUUACUGAACCAAUCGAGACACAGCAAGUCGUGUGUGUAAUUUUUUCAGCAAACGAAACCGUGCAGAGGCCGCUGAGGAUCAGUGACUAAAACGUGGAAGGUUGUGUGAUUUAUCCCCUAUACUUGAACUGCCUGCGUAAGUGUUUCGGUAAACGGAAAAAAUUGGCAAUCGAGCUUCAGUUCAAUAUUCGAAGGCAGAUUGAUUAAUCCGAAAACCCUCCCCCGGCACCGCUGACAGUAUAUUAUGUCCAACUCGUAUACGACGACCGGCGCCAGACCGACUGCACGAUGGAAGCGCUUUGUCAAGUCAAACUUACUCACCUUCCUCACGGUGGUAGGUGUGUUCGGCGGCACCACGCUAGGCUUAAUGCUCAAAAACUCCACCACGCCAUGGACGCAGCGUGAAGUGAUGUACAUUCAGUAUCCAGGAGAUCUGUUCUUACGGAUGCUGAAGUGUUUGAUCGUGCCCCUGUUGGUAUCAUCCAUCACCAGUGCAAUCGGCUCGCUGGAUCUCAGCAUGUCGAAAAAGAUUGCAUUUAGAGCGAUAGUGUACUACUUCACAACGACGGUCUGUGCUGUGGUGCUGGGCAUCAUUCUCGUCAGCACGAUAAGGCCCGGUGCCGGGCAUAAUGUUGGCAGUAUGAAGGGUAAAGCUACCACUCGGCAAGUCCUUACUGUCGACACGCUUCUAGAUUUAAUCCGAAAUUUAUUCCCGCCAAACAUUAUCCAGGCCACAAUGUUCCAGUUCCGUACCAUUCUAGUACCACCAGAAAAUUCUACUGAUGUUCCACUACAUACAUACAAAAUCACCUCCGAAUUCACCGAGGGCACCAAUGUGCUCGGUUUGGUCAUGUUCAGCGUGGUGCUCGGUGCUUGCAUCGGCAAGAUGCGGGAAGCUGGUAAACCCCUGCAGGCCCUGUUCGAAACGCUCAGCGAAGCCAUGAUGAUCAUUACCUCGUGGGUGAUUUGGAUCUCGCCGGUCGGUGUGUUCUUCCUGGUCGCUGCCAAACUGCUCGAGAUGGCAUCCUUCAUGGAAGUGCUCGGUCAGCUCGGUUGGUACUUUAUGACUGUGAUGCUGGGAUUGUUUCUGCAUGGAUUCGGCACUAUUUCGGUAAUCUUCUUCAUGACAACGCGGAAGCUAUCGUUCCCUUAUAUCGCUCAAAUGAGCCAAGUGCUUGCCACAGCUUUUGGUACUGGAUCCAGCUCAGCCACGAUGCCGAUUACGAUUCGAUGCUUGGACAACAUGGGCAUUGAUCCACGUGUGACCCGGUUUGUGAUUCCGGUCGGUGCUACGAUCAACAUGGACGGAACUGCCCUGUACGAAGCCGUCGCUGCAUUGUUCAUUGCCCAGCUGAGGCACAUCCCAUUAUCGUUUGGUCAUAUUGUUGCCGUGAGUGUAACGGCUACAGCUGCUUCGAUCGGUGCCGCCGGUAUUCCACAAGCCGGUUUGAUUACUAUGGUCAUGGUAUUGGACACUGUGGGACUGCCUGCCGAGGAUGUGACUAUCAUUAUUGCCGUCGAUUGGCUACUUGACCGAUUCCGCACAACCAUCAACGUAAUGUGUGACGCCCUAGGAACGAUUCUAGUGAAUUCCCUUUCAAAGAAUGACUUAGCCGGUGUACCGAAUGAAAUUCGUACAGUCCAAUAGAAGGGAAAAAAUGAAUGUUGUACUAGUUUAUAGAGAUUAGCACGACGCCGAACCCCAUGAACUAGUCGAGCUACGGCAAGAUUGCAAUGAAAAAGAAUAAAAUCGUUCAUCCAUCGAGCUUUACCGUGUUUUCCGAACUGCAGAACCCCUUCUAUCCAGAUCAUAUUCAUUCUCCCUGCGUGUAACUUAUAGGUGUUAUAGUCAAUCUGCAAACCGAAAUGAAGUUUCGGAUAAGAUAUUCUCAAAAAAAAGAAACCAUCCCAUGGUGUGGAGAUAAACGUUCGAAAAAAAAAAUCAGGUACUCACGAUCCACCGACAACUAUUUAGAUAAGUAUAGAGAGCGAACACAUCAUACCGACGCCACUUCGGCCACGUGCUGCCAGAAUCGCCGCCAAACAUACGGAAGGCCAUUUUCCCCCAAGGGGAUUGUAGAGAACAAGACGAAUAUAUGAAAUUUACGAAAUUACACCACCAACAAUGUCACCAUCACCACCACCAUCAUGUUCGUUAUACAUACCUAGAUGUAGUCAAUAGUGAAAUAAUGAACAACCAUCGGAAACUAAUCGGCCAAAAUCAUUGACAGCUCCCGUUUACCAGAGUGUUUCUAGUGUGGUUUUUCAUCCCGCAGCUUAUUAGGAUUAAAGCCAUCAAAGCAGAAGACUUCGGAUAGAGGUUGCAUUAUUGUGUGCCAAACUCGACGAAGGCUUCCGAGUGAAAAAAAAUAGAAAAGAACCAACUGUUACGUAUUGACAGCUGAAUUUUGUCGUACUCUGGAAAUAAACAAAAGUAGAUUGUACGAGCUUAAGUCUAACACAUUGUUAAUGUUAAUUGUAUAUUUAAAAAUACUUACAAAUAUAUUUUAAUAAUUAGCUUUUUGUA